UGGCGGGCUCUGGUCGGUGGUAGUUGCCUUCGCUGUAAUGGCUCCGCCGGUGUUGCGGUUGCUUUGCGUUCACGGUUACCGUCAGGACGGCGGGAGUUUCCGAGAUCGGACUGGCUCUCUGCGGAAAGCCCUGCGGAAACGCGCCGAGCUGCUGUACGUGUCGUCUCCGCUCAGGGUGCCCCUUUCUCUGGGGGCUUCAGCUCGGCCUCCCGCAGUUGACGGUGACGGGACUCAAAUGGGGGAAACUGAGGAAGAUGGCCGUGGCUGGUGGUUCUCAAACCCAGCUGAAGACAGUUUCAAUGCUUUGGAUCAUGUGGAGAGCUGCAAAGGUCUCGAAGAAUCGUUGGAGACUGUCUCCAAAGCCAUGGCUGAGUUAGGCCCAUUCGAUGGUAUCAUGGGUUUCAGCCAAGGAGCAGCUCUUGUGGCAAUGGUCUGUGCCCUCAAGCAGAAGGGAGACCCCAGAUUCCAGUUUGAUUUUGCAAUCCUUGUUGCAGGCUUUAAGAGCAGAUGCACGCUCCAUGCGCAUUUCUAUCAGGAGCCCAUCGCUGUUCCGUCUUUGCAUGUGUUCGGUGACACUGACCGGGUCAUCGCUGGACAAUUAAGCCAGGACCUGUCCACAUCCUUCGUCGAUCCUGUGAUUCUUACUCACUCAGGAGGUCAUUUUGUUCCUGCUGCUGCUGCUCAGAGGCUGGUUUACUUGGAGUUCCUGGAGAGGUUUCAGAAGAAAUAACCCGAGCCACAAAUAGGUUGUAUCGUUAAACAUUUUCUGCUGGGAGAUCUUUGAGAUGUGAUGUAAAGUUGAAGAAAUAAUUCCAGAUUGAUCAUCCAGAGGAUAGUGGAUGGGCACAGAAGACCCAGCGUUGCAUUGUCUACCUGUUGUAAGAGACCCUGGGGCCUAGUCUGAAUCUCUCACUCACAUACGUUUCUCCUUAAUUAUUCCUGAUCCUGUCCAACUCUUAUCGGUAUAUGAUUUCCCAAAGGGUCACUGGACCUCAAACAGAAUUGGGAACUCAAGCUGUUUCUUCCCCAGCCCAGGACCAACCACGAGUGACUUUUCUGCCUCCUUUCCUAUGAAAGUUGGUCCUCUCAAUGUGACAAUGUCAUGUGCAAAUAAACCAUGUCAUAUUUAGAACAAA